AUGCAGUACGUUGGAAAAGUCGGUGGUUACGUUUAUAAUCAAUGGAAUGCACUCAAUCCGGCAACUUUGCUGGGUGCCAUUGAUAUUAUAGUAGUUGAACAGCCUGAUGGUUCCUUACACUGCUCGCCAUGGCAUGUUAGGUUUGGAAAGUUCCAGAUUAUCAGGCCGCUGCAAAAAAAGAUUGAUUUGUAUGUCAAUGAUAUCAAAACAGAUUUACCAAUGAAGCUAGGUGAAGGGGGAGAAGCAUUUUUCGUGUUCGAAACAUCAGACCACAAUUUGGUGUCUCAAUCAGUAUUGACUUCUCCGGUGAUUUCACCUACAAGCUCAGCUGAAGGAUCGCCAUUAAGUUCUCCUAAGGAUGAAUCCCCGAGAUCUUCUACUUUUGAUUUAAACCAUGGUGAACCUGAAGCUUUGAACUUGAAUGAACAUAGUAACGAGCCAAAUGAUGAUGAUAUUGAAAAUAAGAUAAAACUCACCGAUUCAAAUUCUUCGAUUACAAGGUCGCCUUCAAAGAGUCCUACUCCCAAUUCAACUUUGCAUCUGAAAAUCACUUUUGAAAAGGCCAGAAAGAUUACCCAACAAUUGAAUAUCCCAUCUAAAAUUGACAUGAAUGGAGAUAUGGUAUUGGAUAUGGAUGGUUAUAAACCUAACUCACAAAAGAAUAUUGAUGUUUCUGAUGAAUAUUUCAAGAAGAUCUUUCUCAAUGAAUUAAUGGAUUUGACUAAUAAUAACAAAGAUGGAAAGAAUUCUGAUCACGAAUAUAAUUUCUUAGAUCAAAUCGUUAGUAAAGAUGAAGAUGGCAAUAUUCGAAUUUUGAAUAAUAAUAUAACUGAAGAUGAAAUGAAUCUUGUGAAUGAUCUUGCAAACCAUGAAGGUUUAGCUGGAGUCACCAGUAAUGAGGAAAAUUCAUUGGGUACUGCUACACCUAGUGUAGAGAAUAGACAAGAUAGUGAUAAGACAUAUUUCAAGACUUUGAGAUUAACAUCUGAACAAUUGCAAAAGAUGAAUUUGCACUACGGGGAGAACAAAUUGAAAUUUAAAUUGAACCAGGCCAAUUCACAAAUCGAAUCUAAUUUAUAUUUAUGGAAAUCCUCCACGCCGAUAGUCAUAUCGGAUAUAGAUGGUACAAUCACCAAAUCUGAUGCAUUAGGACAUGUCUUAAACUUAAUUGGUAGAGAUUGGACCCAUCCAGGUGUAGCUAAUUUAUUUCAGGAUAUUAAAUCCAAUGGCUACAACAUUAUUUACUUGACUGCUAGAUCGGUAGGCCAGGCUGACUCGACGAGACAAUAUUUAAAGGGAAUAGUUCAAGAGGGUACAAAGCUCCCACAUGGGCCGGUUAUUUUAAGUCCUGAUAGAACUAUGGCUGCAUUGAAAAGAGAAGUCAUUUUGAAGAAACCAGAAGUUUUCAAAAUGUCAUGUUUAAAUGAUAUUAAAAGUCUAUACUUUAAUGCUAAGGAUUUAUCCCAUGAUGACGAUAUGACUCCUUUCUACGCGGGAUUUGGGAAUAGAAUCACUGAUGCUAUAAGUUAUAGGUCAGUCAAGAUUCCGUCACAUAGAAUCUUUACGAUUAAUCCCAAUGGUGAAGUUCAUAUGGAAUUAUUGGAAUUAGCCGGUUAUAAAUCCUCUUACAUAUAUAUUGGAGAGUUGGUUGACCAUUUCUUCCCGCCAAUAAAGGCAGUGAACACAUUAAAUGCAUACUGGAAUGCCAAUCAAUUCAACCAAUACAUCAACAACACCAAAGUCUAUUCACCUCCUGGGUCUCCUGGGGCUAGAAGUGUUGAUAACUUUGAAGAAGAUUCAAUGUUAGCCAUCAAGACGGACGAAAAAUACAACGAUGUCAAUUACUGGAGGGAACCACUUGCUAACUUGAGCGAUUUGAGCGACCUGGACGUCGAGGGCAAAGACGAGCUUGUUGAGCAAUCUAAGUCAAAAUCCCCUAAGUCACCGGCUUUACUCUCGAUUCGUGGGUCUGGUGAAAUCACAGCGACGUCUAACGAAACUGAAAGACCAACCUCGGCUUCCUCGUUUACGUCCCCAUUGAAAAACUUUAUGUUUAACCACCUUGAAAACUCAUCCAAUCCUACUACCGCCCUGUCGUCCAACCUGGCUAUAAGCCCCGAUGACACUGCGAUGACAAACGACAGUGAUUACACCAACGACUACGACGAUGAUGACGAUGAUGAUGACUACACGGAUGAUGGCUAUGAUGACGACGAGGACGACUAUGAAGAUGAUUACGAUGAAGAUGAAGAAGGUGCGGAUGAUGAUGUCGAAGAUGUUGAUGAUUUGGAUGAGGAAGAACUUGAUGAAGAGGACCUAGACCAUGACCUCAGCCAUGGGUUUGAUGCUAUUAACUCCCCUUCGCCUGCCAGCCCAAAAUUAUCUCCGGUUCCUCCAGUUCUUGAUCCAUUAACUAAAUCAAAAUCUAGGAAUGGAUCUAAUAAUGAAGCUAAUGAAGAAUCUAAUAGCCAAUUCGUUAAAGCUAGUGAUUUAAUGAAUAAGUUGUCUUUGUAA